AUGGUGGACUACUACGAGGUGCUGGGCGUGCCCCGCCAGGCCUCGAUCGAGGCCAUCAGGAAGGCGUACCGCAAGCUGGCGCUCAAGUGGCACCCGGACAAAAACCCUGAGAACAAGGAGGAGGCGGAGAGGAGAUUCAGACAAGUGGCCCAGGCCUACGAGGUGUUGUCAGACGCCGAGAAGAGGGACGUCUACGACCGAUACGACGAGGCGGGAGUGGAGGGCGGCUGGGGCGGCCGGCCCUUCGGGGACCCCUUCGAGGGCGUCUUCACCUUCCGGGACCCGGCCGACAUCUUCAGGGAGUUCUUCGGCGGCCGGGACCCGUUUUUGCCUCACUUCUUCAGAGACCCGCUUGAGAACAUUUUGGGCGGUCGGAGGAACUCCCGAGGAAGCAGACGCAGAGGGUCCGCACCGAUUUUCUCCACCGUCAGUGAAUUUCCAGCAUUUGGAGGCGGUUUUUCUUCCUUUGAUACAGGAUUUACCUCCUUUGGUUCCCUGGGGAAUGGAGACCUUUCUUCCUUCUCCAUGUCUUGUAGUGGUGGGACGGGCAACUUCAAAUCCACGUCGACUUCCUCCGAAAUCAUUCAUGGCAAGAAGAUCACCACCAAGAGAAGCAUUGAGAAUGGCCAAGAAAGGAUAGAGGUGGAAGAAGAUGGAGAGUUAAAGUCCGUGAUAAUAAAUGGCAAAGAGCAGUUGCUACGCCUUGACACCAAGUGA